UACCAUAGUAAUUUGUUGUUCCUGCAUGAUUGUUGCGUAUUGUGACUCAUCUUGAUUGCAUUUAGUUUUAUUUUUUUAAUAUCCACUAUAAUUUCUAGUAAAGAGGCUUAAGCCUGUGUGUUUUUGUAAAUUGUUAUAAAUAAGCCGUCAAACUGGGUAACGAAAUGUCAUCGUCUGCGAUGGAGAAGCAUCUGUUUAAUUUAAAAUUUGCUGUGAAAGAAUUAGAAAGGAAUUCCAAAAAAUGUGAAAAAGAGGAAAAGUUAGAAAAAGAGAAAGCAAAGAAGGCUAUUCAGAAAGGGAACAUGGAAGUUGCUCGCAUUCAUGCUGAGAAUGCAAUACGACAAAAAAAUCAGGCCAUUAAUUACUUACGUAUGUCUGCUAGAGUUGAUGCUGUGUCCAGUAGAGUCCAGACAGCUCUUACAACAAGAAAGGUGACAACUUCAAUGGCUGGGGUUGUUAAAGCAAUGGAUGCAGCAAUGAAAUCAAUGAAUCUCGAGAAAAUAUCUAAUCUAAUGGAUAAAUUUGAAAGUCAGUUUGAAGAUUUAGAUGUCCAGUCAUCAUACAUGGAGAACACAAUGUCACAAACUACUACAACAACUGUACCACAGGGUGAUGUUGAUAACCUCUUACAACAGGUUGCUGAUGAGGCCGGUUUGGAACUAAACAUGGAGCUACCAUCAGGAGUGCCUAGUGCCUCGGUAGGUACUGCAACAGUGUCUCAGGAACAAGAUGAACUCACCCAAAGACUUGCAAGACUGAGACAAGCUGAAUAACAAAGUGAUGUACAGUGUCUAUAAGUUUUUAUUGCUGGUGUUAAGAUUAUUUAUAAAAAACAUGUUAUAUAUUGUACAAUUAAAAAUGAUUAGGGGCUGUUCUUAUAAAUACAUUUUCUAAUAUUCUGUACUUCUUACAA